GUUUUCCGUAGCUAUGGGGGGGCCGCUGUGGACGUGGCCCAGGACUUCUCGCUGCAGACGUGUCGCACCAUCUGCGCCCUGGCCUUCGGCCCCAUGAUGCCGGACGCCGCCGCCACCCGGGACAUCCAGGCCUGUAUCACGGAGCUGGUGGAUCUGUGGGGCCGGGGCGCCGUGCGGGCGCUGGACGCGCUGCCCCUGCUCAGGGUGUUCCCCAGCGGGGCCCUGCGGCGGCUCCUGACGCAGGUUCGGUUCCGAGACGCCUUCGUCCGGGCCCAGAUCCAGCAGCACCAGGAGUCGCUGCACCCCGAGUGUGCCCGGGACAUGGUGGAUCACAUGCUCCAGCUGCUGGGGGAGCGGCGAGGGGCUGGGGGGGACCCCGCGGCCGAGGGGGGCCUCACCCCGGAGCACGUUCACAUGGCGCUCGUGGACCUCUUCAUCGGGGGCACCGAGACCACGGCCGCCCUGCUCACCUGGGCCGUGGCCUUCCUGCUGCACCACCCCCAGGUCCAGGACGGGAUCCACGCGGAGCUGCAGCGGGUGCUGGGCCCCGAGCGCCCCCCCAGCUAUGGGGACCGGGAUCGGCUGCCCCUGCUCAGUGCCACCAUCUCCGAGACGCUGCGUCUGCGCCCCGUGGCGCCCCUCGCCCUGCCCCACAGCACCACGCGGGACACCAGCCUCUUGGGCUUCGCCAUCCCCAAGGGAACCACUGUGAUCCCCAACCUCUUCGCCGCCCACCACGACGCGGGCACCUGGCGACACCCCCUGGAAUUCAGGCCAGAGCGGUUCCUGGAGGCGGACGACCCCCGGCUGGCCCAGCGCAACCUGCUGCCCUUCAGCUGUGGGGCCCGGGCCUGCCUGGGGGAGACCCUGGCCCGGGCCGAGAUCUUCGUCUUCCUCGGGCACGUCCUGCGCGAGUUCCGGAUGGAGCCCCCUGCGCCCGGCGCCCUCCCGGCCCUGCGGGGCGUGUUCGGCACCGUGGUGCGGUGCCCCCCGUUCCGCGUCCGCUUCCUGCCCCGGGGGCCCCCUGAGCCCCCUGGGACCCUAUAG